CUUCAACAACAAGCCCUCACACUUAAUCUCUCUAUGAGAUGUUUUCUUCUGUGAUGAAGUACCUGCCGGGGCCACAGCAGCAGGCCUUUAAGGAGCUGCAGGGGCUGGAAGACUUCAUAACCAAGAAGGUGGAGCAGAACCAGUGCACCCUGGAUCCCAAUUCCCCCCGGAACUUCAUCGACUCCUUCCUCAUCCGCAUGCUAGAGGAGAAAAAGAACCCCAAUACAGAGUUCCACAUGAAAAACUUGGUAAUGACCACACUGAACAUCUUCUUCGCGGGCACAGUGACAGUCAGCAACACCCUGUGCUAUGGCCUUCUGUUGCUCAUGAAACACCCGGGUUUUGCGG